UUGCCUUUGUAUUCUAGUUUUGCCUACGCGUUUAGUACGUGUUGUGUUCUAUUGGAAACGGCGACAUGUUGCCCGCCAAGGUACGUGAACGCCCAGCAGCACCAGACAGCGCAGGGAUAGUGGAAAUGGUGAAUGGAUUGGCAUACGGUGGAAUUCCUUACGGAAGCGUGAGCGGCAUGCUCGCCAAGUAUCCAGGAUAUAAGCAGAUUAAUACUCAAGCCAGACAAUUUGACAUUCUGAGCAGCACUCAACGGCCCGUAAUUAUCACGCCGAAUUUCCGAGCAACCCGACUAGUGGGAAUUUCCCCUCGACCUGUGCAAAUUUAUAAUCUUCCUGGUGUCAUCGCCCCCGGUAUCGUCGGCAGGAUCAGCCAGAUCGGCUAUUAGUUUGCCAGCCUGUUAGAACGAUCUCUUCAUCAAUCAUCAAAUGCUACAUCAGUCACUCGAGCUUCUCUUUCCUCAUCGUGAAACUCUUGACGAAGAACGUAUAUUA